AUGGAGGUCCCGGAGGGUAUUAUGGUGGGAAGGACCACUCUGACGUUAGCAAAGUCCAGCUGUGCGGUGCAAACGAUAGACGGUACGGGACAACAUUUCGACGCAUUCUGUUUCGUAGGUGAAGGAUGGUCAAAUAGUUCAAUAAAGUGGUUUCUUUCUUCAUUAGAGGACUAUGAAAAGAAGAAAGUCCGAGUGGAGGAGUCUGUAGUGGAAAAAUGUAUACAUGAAUGUUGUGUGUUUCUUCGCAUCGGAGAGUUCACGUUUCGACAGUACGAAGUGAAAAAUGGACACUCUGGGCAUGUUAGUGCCAAUAUAUCUAGCAAAGCGAUAGACGAAGACACAUAUGAUGUCUCUCUUUGUAAUUCACCACGAUCGCUUUACUAUCUUUCUCGCUCCAGAGCACAGGUAAAGGGAGAUACACCUUCAGGUACUCGAAAACGAUGUAUUGCUAUGGAGAACACAGACUCCUGUGAGGAAGGUAACAUAUCCCACUACUUGUCAUUGUCUCUAUCAUCAAAGGAUAUCCGAAAUGCACACGGCUCUGGAAUUAUACAAGAAGAAGAAGAAGAUGAAAAAGAAAUAAUAUAUAAUCGCAAAGAUAGUACAUUUUCGGAAGUACCAAUAUUACCUCCCCUACUACCCCCGACAAAACCUCCAAUGGAGUUAGAGCCUGAUAUGAGGAGUCCUGUAUCCUUUCGCUCUCGUCGUUUCCAUUCUCCGCAACUCAAUGAGAAGUAG